AUUCUAUUUUGCUAAAAGGUAAAGAUUCAUCUAAGCCUUUCUACUUUUUAACUUUUAACUUUUUACCAUUAAAACUCUCAGAGGUAUCGAACUCUCCAGCAAAUCCACGAAGGGCAUGGCGUGCUGGAGCCUCUUCUCCUCCCUGGAGUCUCGGAGCCACCAUCACAUUGCCUUGUCUUCUCCCGAAAAGCUUGGAUUGGAAGCGCUCAAGCUGGGUCCUCCAAGCUUUGCAUCGCGGAGGAGGAAGCGGCAGCGGCAGCACGGGAGAAUCGCGGCAGCGGUCGACGUCCCUGGCGAUCUCGCGAGAUCAGAGCCACGGGCAAGGUUAGUCGGGCGAGCGAGCGAGAGUUACCUUCUCGAGGAGACCCAUCGCCCUCUAGCCGAGUAUAUGAGUCUUCCUGCAAGCCAGUACUCGGUGUUAGAUGCGCAGCGUAUCGAGAGAGUGGACGACAAUACCUUCAAGUGCUACGUCCACAAGCUCAAGUUCUUCGCCUUCGAAGUUUGUCCGGUGCUCGUUGUCACCGUCGAAGAACAGCCCGAUGGUUGCAUCAUCAAGCUCUUGUCAUGCACUCUCGAAGGUUCUCCAAUAGUAGUCGCGCAGAACCAAAAGUUCUCAGCGUCCAUGGAGAAUAGAGUGUCGUGGAAGAACAGCGGCAGAUCACCGAAGUCCCGGAAGCUCAUCUCGGAUGCAACCAUCGAGGUGACGAUAGAGGUGCCUUUUGCCUUUCGAGCUAUUCCAGUCCAAGCGAUAGAAUCGACCGGGAACCAAGUGCUCGGCCAAGUCCUGCGCGUCAUGCUUCCUCGAUUUUUGAGCCAGCUUGAAAAGGACUACCGUGCGUGGGCCUCGGGGGACAGCUCCAGACGUCCACUCGGGACGGGCCAGCUCUAGCUCCCUGUACAGCUCUCUUCUCCUUGAAAUCUUAUCGGCAGCCGCUUGUAUGAUGAUCACUUCAGCCAAGGCAAGCUGGUUUGCUCGGUUUUGUAGACCUCGGCCAUUCGUCUCAAUAAGAACUUGCAUAACCGCAGCUACGAGGAGGUCCGUUUGACGUC